AUGCCCAUCUUCCAGGACGAUCUCGAACACCCGCCGCCCGCCGCUGAUUGCCCGGGUGCGACCGAGCCGGCCUCCUUUCACCAGCAAACCACCAUGCCGUCCUUGGCGAGGAAGCUCUCCGAAGAGAGCAUUCGGACGGAGCUUUGCGAGGGACCCAUUCUGGAAAGCCCGAGACCGUCGACCCCGGAGAGCGACUCCGCCGCAGUCACGUCGGAUCGAGCCGAGUUGAUUGAGCGACUGAAGCGUGGGGAGAGCCCGACUUGGGUCCCGAACCGCCAUGUAGGAUCACCUAGAAACGCCAAAGACGCCCCGUUUGCUCACAACAUCACCCAGCUUGAGUCGCUGUUCAACAACCUGCCCCGUCCAACCACGCCGCGAAACUCGCGCCCGCUAUCGAGCUCAUCCAACCUACUACCCCCGGCGAGCAUCACUCCAGAGAAGGCGGAUGGGCCACAAGAGGAUGAUGAGAGGCUACGCGAAGGAUUAAGAAUACAAAGGCCAAGGUCUGCCCUGCACAGCGGCGACUUCACCGAGGACCAACCGCGAGGAAAGCAACAAGGGGCGCAAGAGGAGCUGGAAGAGAGCAACCACAGGCACACCGAGUGCUUGGCGUCUCGCAACUCGUGGAUCGCAACGUCGCCCCCGCGAGACUUUUCGGCGUUUCGGUUAGAGGGGAGAAUACCGUUCCCGGCCGCGCAUGACGACUACAGAUCUGUGCCAUCGUCUUUGUCCUCGUCAUUCUCGUCUAGUUUCGUAUACAAGCCGCCAACGAGCCCGCUGGUCCAAUCCGAGAGCAAUGACGACGUUGACCUGUCGGCACCGCUACACAGCAUCAAUAUCACAGCGAGUCCCCUGAACGUGAAUUCGCGCCGGCACACGCUGAACUCGGCCGUGGGUUCGCCGUUUGCUGUUCCGUCGCCGAGUUACCCUGCACUUCACAGGCAAACCUUGCAACGAGGGGCAGUGCUGCCGUAUCAAGCACACCAACCACGGCGGUCUCUUACGUCUGCCUCCCAGGUGAUACUCGCCGGGACCUCGCCGCAAACGCCCGCAUUUCUGAGACCCAGGCGACCUUCCUUCAACGCAGAUACUUCCCCCUUGCAGCAUGCGUCCAUGGUCGGGUCCUACGAAGAGAGCAUCCUUCGAGGCCGAAUGUCGACGACGCCGUCGAAACCGCUCGAUUUUCUUGCUCAGAUUGGUGUGCUGGGUCUAGGGAAAUGCAAGUCUAGUUUAAGGUGUCCGCCCCACGUUACGUUGCCCUUUCCCGCUGUAUUCUACAGCUACGGAGGAACAUCACAAGGUCGCGUACGAUCAGAAGACGGGCCGAGUCCGUACGUUGGGCAAAUUGACCUGGAAAACGGUCUGCCGAACCCCGAAGACGGGCAGCGUUCGAAGAGGAAGAUGCAGACCAGGGUCGCUGAUCGAAGGAUCGUCGAAGACAAUGUGACUAUGAGCGACGGCCCUGCAAUGGCGGACGGUUCGGAUCGCGAGGCACGCCGAGCGCAGCGUGCGAGGCGCAGGUCAGGGUCACCGAGAGCGCCGCCGGGUGGAAGUUAUCGGAUACCCGAAAAGGGCCAGAUCCAGAUUGUGAUCAAGAACCCGAACAAGACGGCCGUGAAGCUGUUUCUGGUCCCAUAUGAUCUUGCUGGCAUGGAACCCGGGACGAAGACCUUUAUCCGACAACGGAGCUACUCAGCUGGUCCCAUCAUUGAGAACGCGCCUGGGCUUGAGGAGGCUGUGGGUUCGGAUCGACCGAUCUUGCGUUAUCUCGUGCAUCUGCACAUUUGCUGCCCCGCCAAAGGGCGAUACUAUCUCUACAAGAGCAUUCGCAUCGUUUUCGCCAACCGGGUUCCCGACGGCAAGGAGAAGCUGCGCAACGAGACUACGUGCCCCGAGCCUCGGUACACGCCGUACAAGCCCAUCCGAGUGAUGCACCCGCCGCUAUCCAACAGCAGCGGCCCCGCGGCAACGCUUGCGGCCGAGAAGGCCUUCAGGAGGCGCAGCGCGGGCUUUUCGUUAGGCCAGUCUAUUUACGGGCUCGACGGACCGGACGGGCUCUCGCAGUCCCCGCAAGCGACGGGACAGAAGUCGUCGCCGUCUCCUUUCAGUUUCGGCGACAACACUCAGCCGGUCGAGGCCAUUCCGUUCGCUCUCUCAGGGCGGCCUCGUCUCGGGAGCGACAUCAGCGACAGCACCAACACUACGACCACCACUCCGGGAAUCCUCUCGCCGCAGUACUCACAAGCAAGCAGGCCGACGACCAAGGACGGCUGGGAGGCUCACAUCGCUCGAUACGAAAAGCUGAACAAGGGCGACGUUGGGUACGGCGGCAACGCGUUUGUCCCAUCUGGGCGCGGAAGCCCAGGAGGCACGGAAGGUUUACUUUCUCAGCGGCUUCGGUCCCUCGGAGUACAGAACCAGGGCGAGCUGCCUUCGGACAGUCGGGAGAGUCCGGAGUAA